CAUCUAAGCCCCACACAAGCUCAUUCUCUCUGGACCAAAGAGGUGUGUCUUUUAAAAAAAUGUUUGUCCCCAACCCCUCCCACGGACUGUCUCGUUGCCCUAAACUUUGCUGGUAGUUAGAGAACUUUUUUAGUUGUAGCCAUCAGCCUACAGUGAGGUCCAGCUGUGCACCACCUCCCACCUGGCUGCAUACAUUUUUCGGCUCUAAAAGCUCACUGCACCUAUCACUCGUCGGUGGCGUCCACUCAGGCUGUUUUACCUGCCAACAUGGAAGAUUCAUCAGAGCAGUCCCACUGGGUGUCUCCAUCCCUGCUCAGCUCAGACCCCCUGGCCGCUUUCUCCUCUGAUUCUGGCCUGUUGCCUCCGGGAGAAGAGGGUGAGACGUUCUUCACCGGCCAGGACACUGACUACACCAGCCUGCCCUCUUUCUUCUCCACCCCAAGCCUCAGCCGAGCGCCAGCUCCUUACCGACACGGCUCUGUUCGACCAAUGUUCAACUCACCGAGCCUGCUCAGCAACCUUCAGCUGCUGGAUGGGCUGCCCAGCCACUCUCUGAGCUCGCCCUACAACCCCCCAGUCUCCACCUGGAGCAGCAGCCCUCUCACUAAGACGCCAUUGCAUUCGCACACCCCGACCUCCCUCUACACCCCUGGAAUGACCUCCUCUUUCACCACUUCCAGAGAUGGAUACUCGUCUCCGGGCAGAGAGGGCAGGGAAAGUCCCCAUUUUCAGGAGGCCCUCAAGGCAGAGCGCCUGAGCCCACUUGGGGGGUCUGGGGCCAGCAGCAGCUUUCUCAACCUGACUCCUGCAGCUGGCAGCGUCUACACUCCAUCAUCCCACCCACACAUGCUAAGCCCCUACAGCUCAUACAUGAGUGGCCCACAGGACUACAGCUCCGCUGCCCUCUACUCCAGCCCCGGAGCCUGGAUCAACCCCUCGUACUCCCCUAAACUCCGUAACAAGAUGAGGAUAUCCACUCCAGAGGCCAGAGAGUGUGUCAACUGUGGAGCCACAGCUACCCCUCUGUGGCGCCGGGAUGGUACAGGCCACUACCUGUGCAAUGCCUGUGGACUGUACCACAAGAUGAACGGCCAAAAUAGACCUCUAAUCCGACCCAAGAAGAGACUGAUUGUCAGCAAGCGCGCAGGUACCCUCUGUGCCAACUGUCACACAAGCACAACAACGCUGUGGAGACGCAACGCCAACGGGGAACCUGUGUGUAAUGCCUGCGGACUCUACUUUAAACUGCAUAACGUUAACCGGCCUCUCACCAUGAAGAAGGAUGGAAUUCAAACACGUAACAGAAAAGUCUCCAGCAAGAACAAGAAGAGCAAGAAGGCCGCCUUGUUGGAGCCGUACAUGGAGGUGACUCAGCCGCCCUCCCUGGACGACAACGGUGGGCCCUUCUCCCUCGGCCCCGGGACUCUCCUCACCUACAGUCACUCGCCUCACCUCAUGCCUACACCGUCCCCGAUCCAUCCCUCUGCCAGCUUACCCUACACGCACCACCUCAACUCUGGCAUGGUGCCCACACUAGUGUGACAUAACAGGACGGGCACCUGUGAAUACUCAGACACGAGCCCGCUUCCUUGUAUUGCCAGUUAUUUGUACAUAUGUGUUGUUGGCUGUCAUGCGAAUGGAGUUUCCUGUGUAUUUUACCUGCGUUUCAUCCACAUGUUGUGUUACUGUGCUGACUGGGCACUUGUGUGAAGUCCGAUAAAAUCACUCAGGUUUUGGCAUAUGUAAACACCCUAAUAAGGGAAUUCUCCCAGCUGUAAAUACAAACACAAAUCUGAUUUACGGUAUCUGUGUGACAAUUCUUCUUUUAUUAUUCUUAAAGUAAAGCUAUGCCUUAGUUUUGUGCUUCAGGGGUCUGUUUUGUAUUUGCAUAAUUCUUAUUACCAUAUUAAAACUCUAAA